AUGGCGCAGAACAGUAAUCAAGCAGAACUCCCGGUUCUCAUCAUCGGAGCUGGCUGUAGCGGACUGGCUCUAGCCAACGGCCUCAAGCAAAAAGGCAUCCCUUUCAAACUAUUCGAGCGAGAUGCCGUCCUAUCGCCGCGAAAUGGGCGUGACUGGGGGCUAGCCUGCCACUGGUCUGUCCCUCUCCUUCGCUCUCUACUGGGCGAGGCAAAAUGGUCCCGAAUCAGCGAAACCCUCGCGGACCCGCACCACCCGAUCCAAAACGUCGAGCGCUUCCCGCUAUACAACGGUGCCACGGGGGAAAUACUCGUCGCUACUCCCAUCGAGAACCUCCUUCGCUUCUUACGUUCGCGCCUGCGCGCCUUCGCUGCUGAAGAUUUGGUGGCUGGUGUUGAUAUUAUUUAUGGGAAGGUGUUUGAGGGUGUGGAGUAUGCAGCCGAUGGGAAGAGCGUGGCUGUUCAGUUUUCCGACGGUACGACCGAGACGGGAAGAUUGGUCGUUGGCGCUGAUGGGAGUCAGAGUCGUUUGAGAAACAUAUUGCUCGGCCCCGAGCGUGCGGCGAAUAAAAAGUUGCCUUUAGCAGCGACUUUUGUAACGGCGUCGUACCCGCGGGAUGUAGCAGUGCGUCUCCGCGCUUGCUCUUUGAAUCCGAUCAUCAACGCAUUCCCACACCCAGAAAACAUGAUGGGUUUGUUUUCCCUGCUAGACGGAGCGGACAAGGAACAUCCCGAGAAUUGGGAGUUUGCUUAUUAUAUCUCGGUACCGAUCUCGGUCGAGGAACAGGAGAAGGAGAGGGGUUUGGUGAGCAAAGCGGAUCGUGUGCGUGCUGCCAAGAAGAAUAGUUUGAAGUUUCAAGAUCCGUUGCGAACGGCUUAUGAGCUGAUUCCCGAUGAUUUGGAUAAGGUGUAUUACACCCCCAAUGCGAACUGGGAUCCCAGCUUGCCGGAGCAUGAAUGGGAUAAUCAUGGGGGUCUUGUUACACUCGUUGGUGAUGCGGCACACCCUAUGACUUAUCACCGUGGCCAAGGCCUAAAUCACUCCUUGGCGGAUGUCUUCAAUCUUGUUAAGGCUCUGUCCAACCCAGAAGGUAAAUCGCAAGCCGAACUUAUUACUGAGUUCGAAAAAGAAAUGCGAACCCGUGGCGGCGAAGAGGUUAGAAAUAGCGAGAUGAACUCGCUUAUGGUACACAACUGGGAGAAACUCGAACAAAGUCCCCUGAUGAAGAGAGGUGUGAAUUUUGGUAGCGACGACACUGCCAAAGAACGGGCAACCUGGAUGCCUAAGAACUAUAAAAACGUCGAGUCUGAGGCGGGACUUGUGAAAUGA